UGCUGUAUUGUUACUAUUGCUGUGACCAUACGUAUAUGUAUAAGUAUUGUAUUGUUAUGACAAUCCCACAUUCCCGACAUCAGCUGUAGUGCAAGCAAACCAAGCGAGACUUAAGUUAAACAAGAAUAAAAUGAAAAACUAAAAUAACCUGCAUCCUUGCAAAAUUGUGGGUGUGUCUCCUAUGGAUACCUAAGGGAAAAAAGAUUGCGCGUUAAUUGUGUUUUUGACGGAAGGACAUAAAAAAUAGUGUGUCUACAACAGUGCAACUGAUAAUUAAAAGAAAGCUAUGUACAAGUAACUGAUAAGCUGCAAAGUAUAUUUUUCUGUUAUCAAUUGUUUGGUAAUAGUUGAAUAGUUGAAUGGUGGUCUGGUCUGGUGGUCUCUCUCCAAAAAAGAAGACUCGUUAUCUCAUAUAUACUUAUGAGCUGCACUGUUAAGCCAGCAGAGAUUAGCUAGUACACAUACACACGCAGUGGAGUAUCAGUAAACAUGCCUCUUGUUUACAUCGAUGGAAAUGAUCCAUGGCUCAGCGAGUACGAUGCUUGCGAAGGCCUUGCCAGGGAGAUUAUGGAGCAGUUGACGCUCAGAAAUCAACAGCCAAGAACGUCCCAAACGUAUGCCAGUAUAUCUGCCAAUGUGCGCAUAAGAUUGAAGCAAUACAGCAACCAAGUUAAAGAGCUGAUGAGUAAAAUCAAUGAGGAUAGGAGGCAGCGAACCAUAACAGCAGAAGAAGCAGAACGUAGAAUGCGACAAGUGGAGCAGUUACAGAGCAAAGACAUACAAAUUCACCGAUUGUAUGAAUCAAAGACUAACGAAUUAGGUAUGUCACGACAACAAUUACUUGGUCCAUCGACGUCGGCAUUUGCAGACGGUGGUACCACUAGCUGGGGUAUCGAUGACGAUGAGGAGGAAAGCGACGAUCGCAUGGUGGAAGCUAAUGUUACCGUCAAUGAUCUUAAACAGCAAAAGCAACAUCUCCUCCAACAACAAGAAGAGGGUCUAGAGCAAUUGUCUAAAAUAAUUUCGAGGCAGAAGCAAAUCGCACAGACUAUUCACAGCGAGGUUGAACAUCAUAAUGAUAUAAUUGACGAUUUAGCUGAUCACUUGGAUAGGACCGACGAGCGCAUUGCGGAUGGUACUCAAACAAUCAGAGUUAUCAGCAAAAAAGACAAGGUUUGCGGAUACUGGGUUGUAAUUGGGUUAUUAUUCAUCAGCAUUAUCGUUGUCGCGAUAAUUUAAUUCAUUCCCAAAAUAAGUUUCAAGAGAACACGUCUUCUUAGCAAUCUGUGAUUACUUAUUGGUUUUAUCGAAGUUUUAUAUAAGCAUAUUGUUUCGGUAAUUUUUACGUAAAAAAUUGAUUACACAAUAAACUUAUAAAACUUACAGCAAUGUAGUUGAUGUACAUAU